AUGUACGACUGCUCCACCAAUCACAACUCAAGAGUUUUGAACACAUCUAAAAUCCAAGUCCGCCAAAAUUCAGCUCCUCGCUUACCUGAAAAAAACUCACUACUUCCAAAAGUAUUUGACUCUUCGUUGUAUUUUUAUAGUAUUUGCGAUAAACAAAUAAAACAAAUAAGUGAUCAACUUGACGCCAAAAUUGAACAACAUUUGAGAGAACUCAGAGAACAUUUCGAUGUCAAAACUGAGCAGCAAUCGGCCGUGAUCAAUGCAAAAAUAAAAGAACCAUGUGAUAAGAAUGGAAAACAUUGCGUCGAACAUUUAUAA